CACGAAGCCCAUCCUCUCGGCGUACGGAGUUCGGAGUUACCUUCUAGGCGAAAUGGCCUGAACUAGGGUGUGGUUGUGGAUCGGAAUAUUUGCACGAGUCUUUAAGGAUAUUACUUAUGGUAUAUCAUCUGUAUCAUGCAUGCAUAGGAUAACAACGGAAUAAGCUGUAUUGUAAGCUAUGCAGAAAGCGUUCAAUUUCAGACUGAGAGACACAACUGCCACCGCCGAACCUGCGUAGUCAUAGUUGAAAGAAUAGGAACACUGACCGGUGACUUUUGCAGGUAAGAUUGAUGAGAAGAACAUGGGCGUCCAAGCUCAUAUUUCCAAGUUAAAGAGAAACUGCGCUAAUUCACAUUUUUGACGAUUUUUGAAAUGUUAUCUAAAAAUCUAAAAAUCUACAAUCUAGAUUUUUAUGAUCUACAAUAUUAUGAUUUAAGUGCGCUGUUUACCACUGCGUAAAGUAAACGUUGUACUUUUAUGUCUUCAAUUUGAUGUGAACUGUUCAAUAUUUGUCAGUGAAACAUACGUUUCGUUCAUACUUCCGCAUUGGACGGUGAAAUGUAUUUUUGUACGGGUUUCACCGGUUCUUCUGAUCUUGACACACCCCACUCACGAGCAACAUGAGUUCUUAGGUUGUAACAAUGUUACUAUAUUUGUUACACACCGUGUGCAACUUGUUGAUAGCCUAAUCUUUAUUGUAGCCAAUUCUAGCCAUGCUAAACAUAUUUACUGUAUAGCAUAGUGUUUCAAUAUGCUUUGUGUUGUAGGCACGUCAGACAAAGAUAUAUAGUUAAGCAAACUUUACUAUGCAUAUUGUUAACCAGCACAUCAAAUACAUGAAGUCAGUAAGUAACAAGUGGUUUCUGUUUCCUGUGUAACAUCAAUAUGAGUAACAUCAAUAUUGCUACACAUAGACUGUAUGUUUUCGAUAAUCAAUGAAGCCUACUGUUAAGGUUACAGGAAACAUGAAUCUAACUUCCUGUCUUCCAGAGAUGGCCGCAGACGACAAAGUGUUCAUCCUGUCGGAUGAUGAAGAAGAUCAGAAGAGGAAGUACGUCCAGGACGAACCCUUCAACACUCUUUCCCUGGAGCUUCAGAACGACCGAGAGCCAGGCUCCACUUCAGUGUCUGCUGCAGCAUCAGCCACCCAGUCUGCUCCAGAGACACCCAUGGCCUCACCACUGAAAGACCUAGGCUGCUGUGAGAGGAUGUGCCUUAGAGUCAACUCCCAGCUCCUCACCUCCAAGAUCUUCUACUUCUUCUUCUAUGCAGCCUACGGUUCCCUGCACCCACUCCUAGCCGUCUACUACAAGCAGCUAGGGAUGUCGCCAAGCCGUAGUGGACUGUUGGUUGGGAUCCGGUACUUUAUAGAGUUCUGCAGUGCGCCAUUCUGGGGAGUGGUGGCCGAUCGUUUUAAGAAAGGGAAGCCAUUGUUGCUUUUCUCUGUGCUGUGUUGGUUGGUGUUCAACUGUGGCAUCGGCUUUGUCAAACCAGCUGCCAUGAUCUGUAAGGAGAAGGUGGGCGUCACCACUGUGGCCCCACCAAUACUGCCCUUGACGACUAUGACACCAAUUAACGGCUCGCUACCGGACGUUUCCACCAAUCUCACGAGGAGAAGUCGUCGGGAUUUAUUUCGAGGUUACUUUCCUAGCUUCCCUUUUGUUUUGAAUGGCCUUGAUUCUGGCUAUAGCGUACGCCGCAGGUAUAGGAGAGGUGCUGAUGGCAAUAGCACCCAAUCCACAGUGGUGCCUUACAAGCAGAAUAAAACAACAACCACUCGCACCCCCACCCGUGCCCAACCCAGUGUGGUGCCUAAUGAGCAAGCCAAUACCACUCAGCUUUUACCGAAUACCACAACUAUGCCACUGACCACUAAAAACCCCACCCAUGUCCCUACCCAUACCCCCACGACCAAUUCCACAUUGGUGCCUCACGAGCAGGGCAAUACCACUCAAGCUACACCAAAUACUACAACAACAACUAUGGCAACCACUACCACCACCCCUGCCCCCACCCAACCCAAAGAGUACAUCAUUGAGUACAACGAGGAUCAGGUCGAGAGCAUCUUUCUCCUGAUCCUCUUGGUCAUCAUCGUGGGGGAGUUCUUCAGCGCGCCGGCGGUCACCAUUGUGGACACGGUGACGUUACAGUACCUGGGGAAGCACCGGGACCGCUAUGGCCUGCAGAGAAUGUGGGGGUCCCUUGGCUGGGGCGUGACCAUGCUGCUAGUGGGUAUCUGGAUAGACCACACCCACCUGACGCUGCUCAUCGAUGGCGUAGUCGGCUGCAUCCUGCCCGAGUAUAAGAACUAUCAGGUAAUGUAUGACAUUGAAAAUGUGACAAAUAAUAAGCAAUGGCUCGCUAAGGGCGACAUAGUUGAUACGUAAAUAGAAAUAUAGUUCAUUAAUUUGUUCAUUUAUUCACUCACUCAUUCAUACAUUCACUCAUUCUCUCUUUCAUUCAUUCCUUCCCCAGGUGGCCUUCAUAGUGUUUGGAGUGAUGAUGGGUCUGGCUCUGGUGGUAGCAACACAAUUCUACUUUGACCGGUAAUAGGGGCAGAAACAAUUUAAAUUAUGUUUGAAACCCCACCUUUUUAGCUUUAUCUUAAAUCAAUGAUUUUGUUAUUUUACACUUCCUUUUUGUUUUGUUCUUUUAUUCAUCUAUUUUAUAGAAUUCCUGUUUGUUUUUAUUAUCUUUCAUUUAAUUAUUUUAAUGUAAAGUGUGUGGUGAUUUUAAAUGAUCUUUAAAUGAAGUUGGAUUUGAUUUGACAGUGGGGACUACAGACAGGAUGUGCCUCAGAGGCCCCAAGAGGUAGAGAUACCGCAGGUAAAUCAACUGGAAAAUUAAAACUCAUACUAACUGGAAAUAGUAUUUCUAAUUUCUUUAGUAAAUACUGCUUUAAAUUUUUAAAAACUGAUCAUUCUUUAUUUGUUUUACACCUUUUUCACACAGGUAGACGGGAACGUGGCAUCUCCAGAGGGGAGCGAGAGCUCCACCUCAGACCAGACCCCCAUCACCCCAGAGUCCACCACCACCGAACAGCCUUUCUACUACAGUGACCUCCUCAGGCUGCUGUGUAGUGUCCAGUACAGCACGGUGCUGUUCGUGGCCUGGUUCAUGGGCUUCGGUUACGGCUUUGUGUUCACCUUCCUGUAUUGGCAUCUAGAGGACCUGAAGGGGACCACCACGCUGUUUGGUGUGUGUUCGGUUCUGAGUCAUGUGUCGGAGCUGGCUGCUUACUUCACCAGUCAUAAGUUUAUCGAACUGGUGGGACACAUCAGGUAAGGAUGGGGUUCUUGGUGGUGUUCUUGUUUUUGGGAGGGUGGUGGUGGAAGGGAUAUUGCAUUAUCCAUCAAUCUUCUAAAAAAAUAUUUUACCAAAAACAGCAGCUACAACAACAACCGAAGCACACAGUAUUUUCUGAAACUGAGGAUGUCCACAUUUGCUAUCCCGUUUCACCACAACUAGACCUGCCGCAUGUAAACAAUCGUGUUCAUUUAGAGUGCCUCUUGAACGUCACACAGACCUUGAGCGUAUACUAUAGUCAGACAAACAGACAGACCUAGCACAGAGCAGGGACAUUUGAGAGUGUGGUGUUAUGUUUAAGGAGAGAGGCCCAUCCCUCUGGCAGCUCUGUGUGACCUAUGUCAUUUUGACGCACAAUUUUCAAACAUUCUUCUCUAACAUCUUGGGUGGUUAUAACCCCGCAAGUAAUACAUUUACCUAUUAGUGCAAAGGUCUCAGGAAGAAUUUCUGCCAGUGCUUUUUGCCUCACCAGUUCAAUGGGCACUGUACGCAAAGAGUCAUACUAACUAUGCCUAGUAGGGCAUCUCUUUAGACCUUGGAUGAGUGUUCUGCGAUGGAAUCCUAAUUAACGCAACAAAAGACGCUCUAAGCCUGAAAAGCCUAUACAUUCUAUACAUCACCCUAUUUUAUCUGUUUGCCUCUUCUUAAUAACCUUUGCUCAGAGUACCUAACCUCUGAAAAUCUCAUCACUAAUUUAUUUCUUUCCUCCCUGUUUUCCUAACUUAGGGUCUUGUACAUUGGCUUGGCAUGUAACACAGCACGCUACCUGUACAUUUCUUACUUGGAGAAUGCAUGGAUAGUUCUGCCUAUGGAGGUCUUACAAGGUAAGAAAGAGCAGGUCAGACAGUGACAUUACUUCCUGUUGACAUCUGACUGAGGAAAGGUUCAAGUUUGAGUCUGUAGUUAAGGGUUGUGAUAUUGAGCCUCAGUAAAGUACAUCUUAGGACAGGAAUAUCUGUUAUUUCAAGCAAUCGCUACCUUAUAAAACACCUUUUCCCAUGCCAACUAAACAAGAAUGGGAUAAGAUAUCAUUUUAUAGGAAUGUUAAUAUUGAUUUAAAGUGAAAAGGCCAUUAAAGUAUCACAUCAAAAACAAUCAUAUUAAAAGACAGUAUCACCAAAAGGAAAUUGAAUAAGGAUAUCCUGGUAAUGUCAUAUGACUUGUUAUCCCUGUUUGUCUUUCUGUGGUUACAGAUGAGAUAUUAUUUAAGAGCAGGUUGGAUGGGUCUUGUCAAACACUGAUUACAUUGAGACACGAUCACAUGUAUUUUUUUCUUUUUUUGUGGGAACACUUGGGAACAGACUUCCUAAAUUAAACACAUUUUUAUUAAACACAUUUUUAGUUGAAUUCCUGGUGAUUUUACAGUCUUUUUUUAAAACCAAAAACAAUGCAUAGUGCCAACUGUAGAGUUUGGUGGAGGAGGAAUAAUGGUCUUGGGCUGUUUUUCAUGGUUCGGGCUAGGCCCCUUAGUUCCAGUGAAGGGAAAUCUUAACGCUACAACAUACAAUGACAUUCUAGACGAUUCUGUGCUUCCAACUUUGUGGCAACAGUUUGGGUAAGGCCCUUUCCUGUUUCAGCAUGACGAUGCCGCCGUGCACAAAGCGAGGUCCAUACAGAAAUGGUUUGUCAAGAUCGGUGUGGAAGAAUUAGACUGGCCUGCACAGAGCCCUGACCUCAACCCCAUCGAACACCUUUGGUAUGAAUUGGAACGCCGACUGCGAGCCAGGUCUACUCGUCCAACAUCAGUGCCCGACCUCAGUAAUGCUCUUGUGGCUGAAUGGAAGCAAGUCCCCACAGUAAUGUUCCAACAUCUAUUGGAAAGCCAUUACAGAAGAGUGGAGGCUGUUAUGGCAGCAAAGGGGGGACCAACUCCAUAUUAAUGCCCAUGAUUUUGGAAUGAGAUGUUCGACAAGCAGGUGUCCACAUACUUUUGGACAUGUAGUGUAUAUAAUGAUUAUCUUUAUUUUGUUUACUAAAAACGCUUCAUGACAAUUUUUCUAGUAAUAACUGAUAAUACGCUCAAUAAAUAAGUAAGAAUAAGCUUGUUAUUACUGGUCAUAAGUGAUAAGCACUGUUUGCUUUGGUGCUAUAGAUUCUUGCUGAGCUCUGUGUCUUAGGAGGGUUUUGCAGCCCACAAAGCAGAGUAAGAUGACCAUCACAUGACUUCAGCAUAAGGAUUUGUAUAUCUAUCUGACGUUUGAGUCUGUGGUCACGGAAUGAGAAGUCUGACUGCCUGAAUGAUGAUGAAUGGAAGUCUAAGUGUCAACACCUCCUUAUCCAUAGGACUCAAAUAAAAGAGGCGAGGUUUCCUGUUAGAUUGUUUUUCAAAUUUGUGCUAAUAUUACAAGACAGAUUGCUUUUUCUUCUGUAUGACAUUAGUAUCGAAAAUAAUGUAUAACAUUUUUAAAAAUUUGUCAUUUUGCAGACACUCCAGAGACAUUAUCCAGAGCAACUUACAGGAUCAAUUAGGGUUGAGUGCCUUGCUCAAGGGCACAGAUCUUUCACCUAGUCGACUCUGGGCUACAAACCAGCAACCUUUCGGUUACUGGCCCAAUGCCCUUAACUGCUAGAAGCUACACCACAAUGCCCUACUUUGAAGAAUAGUAUUUAUCCUUAUAAGCUGUGUAAUGUUUAACACCUCCAUCAAUGUUUGUCCUCUGGCAUCAUUUACAUUUUAGUCAUUUAGCAGACACUCUUAUCCAGAGUGACUUAGUCGUGAGUGCAUACAUUUUUGGACUUUUUUGUACUGGUCCCCCGUGGAAAUCGAAUCUACAACCCUGGCUUUGCAAGCGCCAUGCUCUACCAACUGAGCAGCACACAGUAUUUAAAUGUUCUAACAUUUGUUUUGUCUGUCUGUCUCUUUGUAAUGUAGGUGUGACCCAUGCGUCGGUUUGGGCUGCCUGUAUCUCCUACCUGAGUGCCGCGGUGCCCCCAGCUCUGAGGACCUCUGCCCAGGGUAUCCUCCAGGGUCUACACUUGGGACUGGGACGGGGCUGUGGGGCCAUGGUGGGGGGCGUCUUCGUCAACUACUUUGGUACGGAUGCAACAACAACAGCCCCUUUUGACAGUCCCAUUUGAGUAGUGAAAUUUAGCAACUCCUGCCAUAUAGCCAUGUUUUUAUAUGUUAACAUGAUUUUGAGAACCAAUGAGUUAUACUGUUUAUUACAUAUUUAUAAACUACAUACUGUAUCCACUAAUAAUGAACUGUUUAAAAAUUAUGUAUAAACCAUUCAUAACCCCAUUAAAUGACACCUUAAUAUAAAGUGCUACUAUUUGGUUUGUUCUGUAUCUGUAACGUGCAUCUUUCUUUUUCCAGGAGCUGCAGAGACCUUCAGAGGGAUUGGAAUGGCUUCCCUGGUUAUACUCCUCAUCUUCUCCUUCAUUCAAUGUCUGACCGGACAGAAUGAGGAAAAGGGUGAGGGAGGGGAGAGCACCUCAAUCCAUAUUUAUUUAAUAAACCCUGCAUCAGUGCACUGUUUUAGGAAUUUGUUCUGUAUAGAACCAAAAAGGGUUUAAUGGAUUGCUCCAUAUGAUGCACAAAAAAUUGUCUUUAUAGAGCUGCAAAGCACCCUUAUACUUAGCAGUGUACCAUACAAUAAUAACCUAAAUUGUAUUCCCCUCACUAGAGGACAGGAUGCUAGCAGAGAACAUUCCGGUUCCUUCCAGUCCGGUUCCCAUCGCUACCAUAGACUUGAUGCAGAACCAGAGCCAGGUCAGAACUCUCUGAAUUGUUGUGCUCAUAUGCUGCUUCUUUCAGCAAACCAGUUUCCCAUUGUGGGACAAUGAAGUGUACUAUUAAUACUACUACUACCAGGUGGGUGUGACGGUGCCCCGCCCGGACCCUAGACCCCCGGCUAAGAAGACCAAGCACCAGGAGGAGCAGGAGGAUGUUAACAGACCGGCCUGGGUGCUGAGUGGAUCCCCCUGGGUCACCAUAGCCUUCGCUGUCUGCCAGAUCAGAGAGAUGUACUGCAUGACCAAGAAUAGUCUACCCUCUGAGACACAGCCACUGCAGGUAGGAUGAUGAAUGAUAGUCCUCUUAUAAAGAUGUGUAAAAUCUCAAUGAGAACUCUUGUCCUCAGAUGUGCGAAUCGAAAGUUUAUGAAUUUCAAGCCAAUUCAUGUUUAAAAAAUGUAUAACCUUUAAAAUAUUUUAUUUCAAUGGGAUUUAUGUUUAUGUCAUAUGAUUAACAGUGACAAUAUGUGAACGAUUUUUCCCACGCCUUCCUGUGAACUAAAGAAAGGUGAGGCCGUGUUUGUUCUUUGUGUGCACUGUAGAGGUGAAUUCGACAGUGGUGAAUGUGGUCAAAUGUCCUAUGUGCCUGUGUUUGGUCUCCUAGUUUAGUGCAUGGUUUGGUUAUAUCUUUAGUGUAUCCAAAACAUUUUGUCAUGAUGGAUUAGCCAAUUAUGUUAUAUUAUCUUGUCUGUUGCCAGGAGCAAAAUGAUCAGAACUCUUCUGAAUACCAGGCAGUGGAGACUGAACACAGCACAGAGCAACAGGAGUUCCCACACCACCAUAACGGUUCCCCCAGCAGCGUACCUAGCAAGGCCCACCCCGCAGAGCACCCAGAAUCCCAGCCCUCUUCCCUACCAGACCAGGGGAACUCUGUGGAGCACCCUGCCUUUUUACCUGUUAACUUUGAGGCUUCACAUCAACUGUCUAGUACAAACCCUUUCCGGCAGUAGAUUAAAGGCUUGAGUUGUUGAGUUUAGAAACGGAGCAGGUACUUAGUAGCGAAAGGGUAAGGGGCAGUGAGUACUACUCAACAUCGAUGACUGUGCUGUAAAAAGUACCAAAUGAUAAGCUUUCUGUGUGUGUGUCAUCUGACAUUGUGUAAAUAGAAUUUGAUCUAGAAAGGGUCAAAAGGGAUUGUUGCCUUCUAGAAUGUAAUGUAUUUAUUUCAUCUGUCUUCCUGCACGAGCUUCUGACAAUCAUGUUAUUAUUUUGACUCUUGGGAUGAAAUGAUAUGUAUAUACAAUAAAAAUUUAUUUGUAGAGAAAUCAUUAACUUUCACUGCUUUUCUGGUGUUUCAAUUAUAUUAUAGCUGUCUAUUCUUGCAUGUUUUUAAAAUUCCAAGAGUAGACACUUGGUGGCAGUAGUGUACCCUAUUCAAGGACUAACCCUAAGCGUGUGUGUUGUGUGGAGGUUGAGGUCAGGGUGUGUUUGCUUUUGCUGCUGAUGGGAGUGUAUGGGAGGACAGUAAUAGUGUUUUCCUCAGAAACUACACCAUAAUGCCAUCUGCAACUUACUUUGUCUCGGCAGAGAAUAAGCUAAUAUCGGUG